ACUACUGUUUCAGGGUGGAUAGCCAUUUACCCCAGAGAGAAGAGUUAAUUCACAAAUCUGUUGUCCUUUAUGCACACAAGGCUCUAUCAGCCUGUCUACACUUUAACACAGUUGCAUCAUCACAUUCACCACCCAGCUGUAGGCGAUUUGAUUGAUAUUUUAUGGAGGCAGGAUGUCGAUUUGGGGGUGGAACGAGAGAUCUUUGAUGGAUGCCUUCGGGGGAAGGAGGAGACCAUGAGAGCAAGAGAGAGAGAGUUGAAAAGAGAGAGAGAGCUUGAAAGGAUCAUGCAAAGGUUACAGAAACUUGACAAAGAGACUGGAGAGCUUUUGCCUAGUCCUUCAUCGGUGAACUCCCAGGCUGUGCCCUUCUCAGAGACGUUGCCGGCUACGGUGUCUACUCAGCAUUCUCCUGUUACCCAGAAUCCCCUGCUAUCUGCCCUGCUAUUCUCUAAGUCUCAGAAGCUUCCUUCUCAGGAGCAGGCUUUUAGUGAACUUCUGUCACUGCCAGACUUACAGUAUUAUCUGGAUGUCUUGGAGUCUGAGGGCUCAAGUUUGCCCUUGGAGGAUAUCACCGAAAUCUGCCACCAUCACCUGCCAGAACCACAGAGGGAAAACUCAACAGAUGCAUUAUGUGGCAUCAGUGAAGUCACACAGAUAAUAUCAGACUCUUAUGAGGUUGCUCAGCCUUUGUCAUGCAUGCCCUCUGACCCAUUAGAAGUCCUAAAAACAUGCAUACAGACGUUCUCAGAUCCUGCCAAUCUUACACCUUCACCUUCAAACACAAUUUACAGCUGUAGUACCCCUAAGAAUCAAGGAAUUUUAACUAAAUGCCAAACAAACUCAAGCGAUUCAACCCUCAGUGAGUUUUGCCCUGAUAUAAAUACAUAUACCAUCAAUACUAGCACAGUCAGUGAACCCGAACAAUUAAAUGGUGCGCCUGGAAGGAACGCUCCACAAAUGCUUUCACAAUUUGAGGAGCGUCACAUUCUUCUGGGUUUUGAUGACUCUGCUUCUGUUAGCUCUGUGGAUUUAGAGACAUCCCUCUAUGCGGCUGACACCUUAAGCAACGGCCAAUCAGAAAAGGAUGAGCUGGAGAGCAUCCAGUCAGAUUACAGCGAUCUGCUGCCUUUAUCUCUCCACUCUGAGACUGUAGAGGCAGCAAUGUAUGAAACUGCUAUGUGUGCACAACACCAAACUCAAAAUGAAUCAACACCUGAAUAUUCACAAAGAGAACCUCAGUCAAAUCUCACAACCACAAACAGAGCUGCAGGUGUCCGGCGUGCAUGUCGUGAUGAACAGCGAGCCCGAGCGUUGAGUUUGCCGAUUAGUGUGCAUGACAUCAUCAACCUCCCCGUGGAAGCAUUUAACGAAGCCAUCAGCUCCUGCAAACUUAACAACGCUCAACAUGCACUCAUAAGAGACAUUCGAAGACGUGGCAAAAAUAAAAAGGCAGCCCAGAGCUGUCGCAAACGAAAGCUGAAUAGUCUCGUUGAUCUCGAAGACGAGAUUGAGGUUCUGAAGAGGGAGAAGGAUAAAAGCAAGGAAGAAAAAGAGAGAAACACUAGAGAUCUUUGCGAGACGAAAGAGAAGCUCAAGAAUCUCUACAAUGAGGUGUUCAGACAGCUGAGAGAUGAGCAUGGAAACUCCUACAAUCCUAAAGAGUACAAACUACAGCACAGCACUGAUGGCACGGUUUACCUGCUGCCACGUAGCACAGCCAACAAGAACAAUUCACUGUCCGAGGAUUUAGCUACUGCUGUAUAACACACCUGAAGUACCUACAGCAAAGCUCUUUGGUUUUUGGUCUUUGUAACUUGACACAGCAGUGGCUUUGGAUUCCAGUUGUUGUGGAGUCAUUGGCCCUGUUUAUGUCAGGCAUUUACAUGCAUCUCUUUUGACCACUUGUGAUCAG